AUGUCCAUCUCCUCCGCCGCCGUCGCCGUCGAGGCGAGGCCGCCCCGCCAGCCCUUCCAGUGUCUCGUCUGCCAGAGCCGCUUCACCAGACACGAGAACCUGAAGCGGCACGCCGCGCUGCAUUCUCGCUCGCGGGAUGCGACGGCGCUGCCGUGCGAGCUGUGCUCGGCGACGUUUUCGCGGUCGGAUCUCCUCCAUCGACACAUGAAGCGGAAGCAUCAUCACCUGGAACAUGAAGACAAGCGGCGUCUGGUGCGGCGUUGCGACUCGACGGGCGGCGCUGGCGUGAGUCCUCGAGGCGGCAAAGGCCGCUCUCCGUCGCUUGGGGAUACUCGGCAGAGCUGGAACCUGAGCAAUUUUGGUUUGGAUAGUACCGAUGGGGAGUCGGCGGCGAACAUCAUGGUGAGGGAUAUGGACUUAUGGUCCGGCGAGUCUCAGUCCCUCCCGUUCGGCUUCGAUGGCGGCACAGACACCCCAAAUCAUUCCAGAAGCUCAAAGACCAACUCGCACUUGGAUCAGACGCCGACGAGCGAUCGGACGGGAUCCAGGCCCCUCGCCCAUGCCCUGGCUGACCUCGGACCCCCAGACGCGCAGUUUCUUGAGCCCGACGCCCAGCUCCUGUCAAUGAUGACAUCGUCAUCCGCCUCCUUCAACACCAACAUGCAGAGUCUAGGCUUCAACUCUCCGUCAUCCAUCGAGCUACCCCCAAUACAGGACGACUGGUCCCCAACCGAACCGCAGUUUGCGCGGGGCUGCCAUCUCUUCUUCACCCACAUCUCACCCUUCAUGCCCUUCCUACACCAGCCGACCUUUGAUGCCUCGCAGGUAGCCAGCCACUUGCUGCUCAGCAUGCUCUGCCUUGCAUACCAGUACGACGAAGAUCCAGACUGCGACGAGAAAGAAGGCUCGGGGGCGUGUCUCGCAGAGCGUUGCUACCUUCGAGCACGCACACAGGUUGCCUUGAACGAGGAGUCGGCGCCGCCAGAUAGCGUGUCCCUGGUGCAGGCAUAUCUGCUGCUCCAGGUCUACGCCAUGAUGUAUCUCUGCGGCGACGACUCGUCGUACGCGCUCCGUGCGCACUCCAAGAUGAUUGCCCUGGCCCGCGACGGAGGGCUCAUGCACCCGACGCCAGCGGCCGCGUCCUCUGCGACCAGAGACCUGGACUCGCUGUGGCGGACCUUUGCGAGAGCCGAGUCGCACAAGCGGACGCUCUUUGCGGCGCACCAGGUCGACACGCUGUGGUACCAGUUCUUGUCGAUACCGCGACAGCUCUCGCACCUGGAGAUCAAGCACGAGCUGCCCUGCCCUGAGGAGUACUGGGCGGCGGCGUCGGCGACGGAGUGGGCGCACCAGCAGCUCGUCGCCGAGAAGCCCGGCUGCGCGUCGCUGCGCUACCCAGAUGCGAUCCGACGCUUCAUAUCCCCCAACGCAGACCUCGACACCAUCCCUGCCUUUGACGCAUACGGCGCCGUCAACGUCACGCACUUUCUCGUGUCGAGCGCGCAGGAGAUUUCAGGCUGGUGCACCAUGACGGGCAUGCUCAGCAUAGAGCGACUCGAGCCGCUGCGGGCGUCGCUCCUCGCGCUGAGCCCGUUUAUCCGCCGCCCGAAGCCUCCGCCGCCCGCGACGGACGACAUGGACGCCAAGGGGGAGGAGUGGCAGUCCACGAGCGCCCGGUUCUGCGAGGGGGCGUGGGAGGCCGCCAUGAUCGACGUGCAGAUGUGGUCUCCGUCGCACACGGGGGGCAUCGUGGGCAAGAGCAUGGACGCGGUGCUGCACCAGCUGACGUACCUGGCGCCGUCGUGCGAGUUCCUGUGCGGGUCGGACACGGCGGAGGCGAUACAGCCGCACGUCGACUGGUUCCUGGCGUACCUCGACGCGGAGCCCGUGCCGCGGGCCGAGGCGCCGUGGAUGACUGUCUACGCGUACAAGGCGUUUAUGAUUGCGUGGCAGCUCGUCUCGGGGGGCGUGCCGGGCGCGAUGCGCGUCGUGGGGGUGCAGGAUGGGGACCUGGAGGGCGCGUUGGCGUGGGCGAGGGAGGUGUUUGGGAGGAGGCGGCGGUGGCAGAUUGGGAGGAUCAUCAUGGACUGCUUGGACACGCUGGCGGUAUGA